AUGUGUGGGGAUGGACAAGGGCGCUCGAAAUUUCUCGGCACGAAGCCUCCCAACAACUGGUCCAAACAUCCGUGCGCGUACUGCAUGGUGAGUCAGCGCGACGAUGACACCGGCGGCGAUCUGGGGAACCCAAGGUUCGACAUCGACAAGCAUCGCCGCACAUGGGGCCAGAUAACGAAUGGCUUGUCCGAGCUGGAUGCCCUCGCGGAUGUCCCUCACGAGCAGGAUCGACGAUCAAGAGACCUGGGACUGGUUCCGCCGGAUGCCUCAGGGCUCCCCCUCCCUCUAUACACCGCCAUGCGCAUUGCUCCGACGGAGAACGUACCCGUCGAGCGACUGCACUUCGAUGCGCUGGGGCAAAGUCAGCUUUGCCAGGUGUUCUUCUUGGAGAUGCUCUCCACUGCAGGUCGCCGGCUUGUCUCAGCCAUCAUGGCCCAAAAGCCGUCUUUACUCUACCCACCCGGAACGCGGAAGCUGAAGGAUGUCGUGACCAACUACGCCUCUCUGAAUGGCAGCGACAAGUGGACAUUGCAAUCGAUCAUGCUUCUCGUAUUCUGGAUGGUUCUCCAGGAUGUUUCGGCAAUGAUAAGUACAUUUUGUAGCGCGCUGCGGGAGCUAAGGAAACGGUCGUCUCUCCUGUCGUUCGCCCUCCGCGCGCCAUCUUUCACCGAACCGGAGCUACGGCAACUCGACAAACUCGCGCGUGACGCGGUACGAAUAUGCCCGGACGCCAGCACGGGUGAACACACCCACCAGGUGAACAAGUCUGGAAGGGGUGUGGACUGCGGUAGGAGGGCUGCACUGCACAUGGCCUUGCGGGCGAACGUCAACAGCGCAUUCUUGGCGUUAUCCAACGGCCUGCCGUACAGAGGCACUCGGUACAACCGACAGAACAGAACGCACGAGAUCGUCACCGUUCAACCCGGUGAUGGCUGUGUCCGUCUCAUGCAGUCGCUGGCGAGCUCCCUCGGCCAUGACCGCGCGCCCACAGAUAAUCACGCGGAGGCGGAUCAGACGCCAGCAGAGCUUAGCGGACAGUACCCGGGAUCUGCGGUUUGGACCGCUUCUCUGUUCAACAACGGGGACGAGCAGCAGCUAGAUGGCGAGUGGCGUACUCGCCUGGCGUCCAGCAAGUUCCGCCCAGACGAACAGACCUUACUGCGCGCAUACCGGACGUACUACGGAUGCGGCAUGGCGGGUCCGUGCUCAAGCAGCCGCUGCCCGGACUGCUGGGACGGAGACACCCUUCAACAAGUUUCCAUCGACAGCUCCCGGUACACCCGGGUACCCAUGGUAGCAAGUUGUGGCCUUGGUCGCUUGAAGGGCGGAGACGUGAAGUCGGCGGCGCAGGCUGGGCCGCGUGACGAGUGGGCUCUCGGGAGUGGCGGAGGGGACAACGUAGAGGUGUAUGAGCAACUUUCCCCGAUGCCCGCGGCGGGCCGUGCGGAUCCUACAGAUCUAGCCCUGGUGAAGAUUCUGUACUUCUUCCGCCACGAGGGCAAUCGGCCUGUAAUGGGUGGGAACCCACCACCGCUCACGUGGUGGGUGCUCGGUUACGACUACAAUGGGGUUGCUCACGCCAACGACCGCGUCUCCGAUUCUAUCACCGGGCAUCCGACGCUGAACUUUCGAGCCCGCGGCCGUCCGGCGGUGUAUCCUGUAUCUGCCAUCUAUCGGCAGGUUCAUCUCUACCACGCAUGCUCGCUGAGAGGCGAAGGUGAAGCUGGCAGCUCUCACGUUUGCGGGGUAGUGACGGGCGGAGAAGGGUUGGGUCAUGGGGCUGGUGCUUGGCGCCACAGAUUCCGCCAGGAUACGCCGGGGACCACCGGGUACGACAAGUACAUAAUUGAAUGA